AUGGCCUCCAACCCUCCUUCUUCCUGCUGUGCCACUGGCUUCAAGCAUGAGGGCACCCCUGUCGGCGAGCUCAAGACCAUUGAUGGAGUGAACACCUACAUUGGUACCCCCAAGGGUAACCAGAAGGCUGACACCGCCGUUCUCUUCCUGUCCGAUAUCUUCGGUCUCUUCAACAACAACAAGCUCCUCGUCGACGAGUUUGCCAACAAUGGCUACUUGACCGUUCUCCCUGACUUGUUCCGUGGCGGUCAACUCACCACCGAUGACAUGGAGAGCGGCAAGACCAUCAAGUACAUGCGCGAGACUCUCGGUGUGAAGAAGAUCGCUGCUGUUGGUUACUGCUUUGGUGCCCGCUACGUCACCCGUUUCCUGAAGGAUGGUCAAAUCAACGUCGGCUACCACGCUCACCCCACUGGUACCACUCACGAAGACCUUGCCGCCAUUGAGGGUCCUCUCUCUAUCUCUGCUGCUGAAAUCGACCAGGCUUUCUCCGUCCAGCUCCGUCACGAGUCUGAGAUCACCCUGGCUAAGACUGGCCAGGCUUGGCAAAUCAAUCUGUUCAGCGGUGUCAAGCACGGCUUUGCUGUUCGUGCUGACCUGAGUGACCCCAAGCAGAAGUGGGCUAAGGAGCAGGCCUUCUGCCAGGCUAUUGCUUGGUUCAACUACCACCUGUAA